GAUGAAAGAAGGAGUGGCUCUUGAUGUUUUGGGAAUAUGUUUAUACGUCAACAACUUCCUUCACGACACCGGAGCAGGAUUAACAGCUACUGGGAAAGGCCUCACAAUAUUGGAUGGACUCGUCAAGGAGGUAGACGUCUUGUCUUUAGAGAAGCUAUUGACCCCGUCUGCUUCAGGUGUGAGUCAGGAGAGGUCCUCCACCUGAGGCUGCCAUGAGUCUGUCUGGGGAGAGAGAUGAGGACAGCACUGCCUCGGAAACAGGUCCUUGUGAAGGGAGUCCCUGCAUUGAAUCUAAAAUAGUCACGCAUGAGAGGACAGGCUCCUGUGUGCCUAUGGAAGAGCCAAUUUACUUCAGACAAGAACCCUUUCCAGCAGGAAGUGACCAAUUUAAGAAAUCAGAAUCAAACCAUCAAGAUGACGUAAUCGCUAUUUUCAAGUUGCUAGAACAAAACGUCAUCACUUUAGUCAGGAAACAUCUAAAGAUAUUCCGGGGGCUUCUACACGAAGAUUACCCAGAGUCCUUUGAGAGUCAAAAGAAGGAGGAGGAACCAGUUGAUGCUGAGUUUGAAAACACAGUCAGAGAUGGAGCUCUGAAGAUCACACUGCAUGUCCUUAGGAGCAUGAACCAGAACAAGAUGGCCGACACACUGGAGAAAAAUGAACUAGUUGCUGUAUGUCAGCGUCAACUGAAAUGCAGCCUGAAGAAGAAAUAUCAGUGUGUGUUUGAGGGAAUGGCUGGCCAAGGAAACCCAACACUCCUUAACAACAUCUACACAGACCUCUUCAUCACAGAGAGUGGCAGUGGGGGGGUCAAUAAUGAACAUGAGGUCAGACAGAUUGAGACAAAAUCCAGGACACCGGCAACGGCAGAGACACCUAUCAAGUGCCAGAACCUCUUCAAACCCCUUCCUGGACAAGGAAGAUCUCCCAGAACUGUUCUGACUACAGGUAUUGCUGGCAUUGGAAAAACAAUCUCUGUGCAGAAGUUCAUCCAGGACUGGGCAGAAGGAAGAGCCAAUCAGAACAUCCAGUUCAUCUUUCCACUUCCUUUUCGAGAACUGAAUUUGGAGAACGGAAGACAACAUAGUUUGAUGUCACUUCUCCAUCUCUUUUGCGCAGAAACCAAAGAUUCAGGAAUCUCCAGUUAUGACAAGUACAACGUCCUGUUUGUCUUAGAUGGUCUGGAUGAGUGUCGACUUCCUCUUGAUUUCACAAACAACAAAAUCUGUUGCGAUGUCACAGAGACAACCUCAGUGGACGUGCUGUUAACCAAUCUGAUCAAGGGAAAACUGUUUCCAUCAGCUCUACGCUGGAUAACAUCCCGACCUACAACAGCCAAUCAGAUUCCUUCCGACAGUGUUGACUUGGUGACAGAGGUACGAGGGUUCAAUGAUCUACAGAAGGAAGUGUACUUGAGGAAGAGAAUCAGUGAUGAGAACAUGGCCAGCAGAAUCAUUGAACACAUAAAGAUGUCAAGGAGCCUUCACAUCAUGUGUCACAUACCAGUCUUCAGUUGUAUUGCAGCCACGGUUCUAGAGAGACUGUUGAGAGAAGCUAAGACUGGAGAGAUGCCCAAGACUCUGACACAAAUGUACACACACUUUCUGGUGUAUCAGACCCAACAGAAGAACCAGACGCAUCCAGGAGUUCACGAGAGAGAUCCACCCUGGGAUAAAGAGACUGUCCUGAAGCUGGGAAAACUGGCCUUCAAACAACUUGAAAAAGGCCAUCUGAUCUUCUACGAGGAAGACCUGAGAGAGUGUGACAUUGACGUCACAGAAGCCUCAGUGUACUCAGGAGUGUGUACUCAGAUCUUCAGAGAGGAGCGUGGGCUGUACCAGCGGAAGGUGUUUAGUUUUGUGCACCUGAGCAUCCAGGAGUUUCUCUCUGCUCUGUAUGUCUUUCUCACAUUCAAGACGAGUGGACAAAAUCCUCUGGUCAAACACGUGAAACAUUCAUUUUCACUGAAAAGAAAACCAGAGAUUGACUUACACAAGACAGCUGUGAAUCAAGCUUUGGAGAGCGAGAAUGGACACAGAGACCUGUUCCUCCGCUUCCUCCUGGGCCUCUCACUGGAAUCCAAUCAGGCUGUCCUACAAGGCCUUCUGACACAGACAGGAACGACCCCACAGACCAAUGAGGAGACGGUCAAGUACAUCAAGACCAAGAUCAAGGAGAAUCCCUCACCAGAGAGGUGCAUCAACCUGUUCCACUGUCUCAAUGAGCUGAGGGACUGCUCUCUAGUGGAGGAGAUCCAAAGCUACCUGAGCUCAGGAGAUCUCUCCCAAGCCAACUUCUCAUCUACACAGUGGUCAGCUCUGGUCUUUGUGUUGCUGACCUCAAAAGAGAAGCUCAAUGUUUUUGACCUGAAGGAAUACUCCAGAUCAGAAGAAGGUCUUCUGAGACUGCUGCCAGUCAUUAAAGUCUCAAAAACAGCCUUGCUGAAUAAAUGCCAUCUCACACUGAGAUCGUGUGAAGAAUUGGCUAGAGCUCUCAGCUCUAACUCCAGCCACCUGACAGAGCUGGACCUGAGUGACAACAGCCUGGAGGAUGCAGGAGUGAUACAUUUAUGUGCUGGGAUGAGUCUACACAGUAGACUGGAGACACUCAGGUUGAACAAAUGUUGCCUCACAGGGAAAUGUUGUGAAGUGCUAGCCUCAGCUCUCACCUCAAACACUCACAUGAAAGAUCUGGAUCUAAGUAACAAUAACCUGCAAGAUUCAGGCCUGAAGCUGCUCCAUGCUGGACUAGAAAACAUUCAGGUGUUGAGGCUGAAUGCAUGUCAUCUCACUGAGAGAAGCUGUGAAGAGUUGGCAUCAGUUCUCUGCUCCACUUCCUCCCACCUGAAAGAGCUCGACGUGAGCAUGAACCCCCUUCAGGAUUCUGGGGUGAUGCUGCUCUCUGCUGCACUGGGUAAUCCUCAGUGCCGACUGGAAACACUGAGUUUGUGUGAGUGUCAAAUCACAGAGCAAGGCUGUAAGGCCUUGGCCUCUGCUCUCGUCUCAGAAUCCUCCCACAUGAGAGAGUUAAACCUAAGUGACAACAACCUGCAGGAUUCUGGUGCUAAACAGCUCUCUGCUGUUCUAGGGAAUCAACAUUGUAAACUGGAGACAAUACAGUUGUCAUUCUGUGGUGUUGGAGAGGAAGGCUGUGCCUGUUUGGCUUCAGCUCUGAAGUCUAACCCCACCCACCUGAGACAGCUGGACGUGAGUUAUAACCACCCAGGAGACUCAGAACUGAUACUGCUUUCCUCUGCACUAAAGGAUCCCAACUAUAAACUCCAAACACUCAGAGUUCAGCCUGCAGGGCUAUGCUGGUCAUUAAGAAGGAAUGCCUGUAAUCUCACGCUGGAUGUCAACACUUCACACAGAAACCUGUCUCUGUCUGAUGGGGGCAAAAAGGUCACAUGGAAAGGAAAGAAGAAUUCCUAUUCUGAUCACCCCAAGAGAUUUACAGACUGGUCCCAGGUGCUGUGUAGAGAGGGCCUGACAGGGAGCUGUUACUGGGAGGUGGAAUGGAGUGGGUUAGGGGGCCACAUCGGAGUGGCAUAUGAAGAUAUCAGCAGGGCUGGGAAAUUGCAUGACAGUUUGAUGGGGCACAAUGAUAACUCAUGGUGUCUAAGCUGCUCUGGUCACACUUACACUGCUUGGCAUAGUAAUAUAAAGACGUGCAUAGACGUGCCGAUGUCCAACAGAGUCGGAGUGUAUCUGGACUGGCAGGCUGGCAGUCUCUCCUUUUACAGCAUCUCUUCUGAUACGUACACCCUCCUAUACACAUUCCACUCCACAUUCACCAAGGCCAUUUACCCCGGGUUCUGGGUUUGGGAAAAAACAUCCAUGUCUCUAUGUUAGUCAUGCAGGAUUCAAAGAAAUGUGAUUGAUAUGUCAAAUUUGACUUUCUCUUAAGUCUUGUAGACAAGAACACACACAGGAAAGUGUUUUAUCUUAAAGUUAACAAUAAUAUGUGUUCUGUGUUUGGGUUAUUUUGACUGUGAACAGACCAGUGGUGUUUCACUGCAAGCUGUAUGACAUUCCACCCACUAGAGGUCAUGUUUUUGUUAAAUCAAAGCUGUUAUCUUCAACUCCAGUAAAUGUAGUCUGCAUUACCUCAUCUACCACUGAGUUGGUGCAUACUGAUGUACCAAAGACAUACUUUAUAUACUGUAAUGGAAAAAACUUCCUGUUCAUAUUUUCAAAUGUGGGUGGGA